AUGAGCGGCAGCAGGACUGGUGUUCUUGCGGUUGCGAUGCUGCUGGUCGUCUCCUUGCUGAUGGUUCUUCAGCUUCCAGUCGCACGUGCUCGCCAUGUUGCUGUGCUGAGGGCUACCGACGACAGUGGUAGCGCCAUGAACAACAUCAGAUCAGCAGAAGCGGGCGUCGCCAAGGAGCCCACCUCGGCGAGCGGAGCAGUGCAUAGUCAGGCUAGCUCCGGCCGGCGACCGACCGUAAGCACGGCGGAGAUGCGCACGCCGUCGACGUCGACAGCGGAGCACCGCCGGGACGAGGUCGCCAAGCUGCACGACAUGCUGAAGAGGGACUACGCGUGGAGGGCGCGCCGCCGCUCGCCGAUCAACAACGGCGAGCCGCUGGAGGAGGAGUCGCCGUAG